AUGGCGAUAGCCAUGGGCUGGCAGAAGCCCGACAAUGUCGCUGGCACUGCGGCGCCAGCAAUUAUGGUCGGCUUGUUCGUUGCGUCUGGAGGUUUACUAUUCGGUUACGAUACAGGGUCCAUCAAUGGCAUUCUUGAUAUGCGACCGUUCAAGGAUCAGUUUUCGACCGGCCACGUCGAUCCCGAAUUCGGUCUCCCAGAUCUCACGAGCAAGGAGUCCUCUAUGGUUGUCGCUAUUCUAAGCGCCGGAACGUUCUUUGGCGCUCUUUUCUCUGCUCCCGGUGCCGACUCGAUCGGCCGUCGACUCUCGCUCCUCGUCAGCGCCGCCGUCUUCUCCGUUGGAGGUAUUCUACAAACUUGUGCCCAGGCACUGCCCAUGUUGAUGGCAGGAAGGUUCUUGGCUGGUGUUGGAGUUGGUGCCAUAUCAGUUCUCGUUCCUUUAUACCAAUCCGAAAUGGCACCCCGAUGGAUUCGAGGCACUCUAGUCUGCGCCUACCAGCUCUCGAUCACCAUUGGCCUUCUCUCCGCUUCUAUUAUCAACAUUAUUACGCACAGGAUGGAACACACGUCGGCUGCUUUUCGAAUUCCUUUAGGUCUGCAGCUUUCCGCAGCUCUCAUUUUGUCCCUCGGUCUCCUAAUUCUCCCCGAAACCCCUCGAUAUCUCGUGAAACGCGGUCGCCCGGAGGCUGCUGGCCUCGCUUUGAGUCGGCUCCGGCGUCUCGACAUUACGCAUCCGGCUCUCAUCGACGAGCUCCAAGAGAUCGUCGCGAAUCAUGAAUACGAGCUCACCCUGGGCCCCGAUACGUAUUGGGAUAUCAUCCGUGGCAGCCCUCAUCUCGGACGCCGAACUCUUACCGGAUGCGUCCUGCAAAUGCUCCAACAGCUAACAGGUAUUAAUUUCAUUAUGUACUACAGCACUACUUUCUUCCGAGGAGCCAGAGUCGACAACCCUUACACAAUAUCACUCAUUAUCAACAUUAUCAACGUGGUCUCGACAAUUCCUGGUCUUCUUGUUAUUGAAUCAUGGGGUCGGCGGAAACUCCUCAUCGUCGGAGCAAUAGGCAUGGCAGUAUGCCAGCUCCUUAUUGCUUCAUUCACUACCGCGGCCGGCGAAGAUCUUGAAGUCGUCGCCCAAACAAUUCUCAUUGUCUUCUGCGCCAUUUAUAUUUUCUUCUUUGCCGCGUCGUGGGGCCCCGUUGCAUGGGUCGUCACGUCGGAAAUAUACCCGCUCAAAGUCCGUGCUAAGGCCAUGUCUGUCUCGACAGCGGCAAACUGGCUUCUGAAUUUCGCUAUCGCCUAUGGAACUCCCUUUAUGGUAGGCAACGAUCGUGGGUCUGCAAACAUCGGACCCAAGAUCUUCUUCCUAUGGGGAGCCUGUUGCAUCGUCGCCAUUUUCUUUGUCUGGUGCAUGGUCUACGAAACAAGCAAGAUCAGUCUUGAACAGAUUGACGAAAUGUAUGAGAGAGUCGACUACGCGUGGAACAGCACCCGUUUCGAACCGAGCUGGAGCUUCCAGCAGAUCCUGGACGAAGGCUGGUCGCCGAGUGGCCAGCCUCCCGAACACGAACUAGAACCCACCCAAUCCAACUCAUCGACAACUGUGGGCAGCACGGCAUCGUCAAGCUCAAGCACGACGGUAGUCGCGCCACCCCCCGCGGCAUUUUCAGGCAACUCUAAUAGUAAUAAAACGCUGCCGCACAUGUCGAACGUGGAUUUUAGCUACUAA